AUGGGUCUGCUGCGGGCGCGCGGCUUUGCCAGCGUGAUCCCCCAGGGCUGGCUGUACGAGUCCAUGGAGGACCUGGCCACGCGUCUGUACUACAGCCUGCGCGUCAGCUGCGAGCACCAGCCACUGCCUUCGGCCGGGUUCAACUUUUUGUUCCCGUUCAUGCAGGCGACCUCUGAGCAAGGCGGCUGGGGCCGCAAGAUCAAGCGUGGGGUUGAGGAGCACGACGAGUAUGCGCAGAUGGACCACGCAGCCGAGCAGCUGACGAUGGUAGUGGCCAUUCUGGGCUUCCACGCGCACUUUGGCAAUGUCUCCGAGAUGCCGCGCAAGGAGAUGAUCGAGCUGCUGGUGCUUCUGAUGGCCACGCAGCCGAUGCUGCUGGCCCAGUGCCGCACCAGCUUGGUCAAGAUGGCCGAGGAGAUGGAGGGAACCGACACUCCGCUGGAGCGCGACGCGCUGCUCGAUGGCCUGCUGCGUCCUGACAGUGUUGUGCGCAGCGCGUGCCUGGCGGCGCUUGACUUUAUUGACCUGACGGAUCUGGAGUUCUCGGCCAAGCUGUGGGUCAACACUGGCGCGUCCGAAGACGAUGCUGUUGCGCUGGUUGAAAAUGCCGAGCUGGCCCGCACGCUGUGGGCUGAAAACGGCAUGGAGGUGCUGCCGGAGCUCAUUGACGGCAUUGUGCCGUACCUGAACCACGAUGCGGCGGAGAUCCGCACCUGCGCUGCCAAGUCCAUUGGCUAUGCAGUGCAGGAGCGCCUGGCGCUGGCCGAGGACGAGGAGGAGACCGACAUCACCGCUGACGGCGUCAAUGCCGAGAUUGACCAGCUGCUGGUGGCCCUGCAGGAUGCGUACCGCAAGUGGUACAUUUCGCUGGACCCCGAGACAUUGCCGCCACUCGUGUCGCGGUGGCUGACUCGUUCCUGCAUCUGGCUCCGCUGCUGCAGACGGCGGGUCCAGGUCAAGAGCCUGAUCGCCUUCCUGGUCCACGACCGUGCGCUGGGCGAGCGGGCUGAGUCUGUGCGUUCGCACAUGCUCUCUGCCGGUGCCCAGGCAGUGGCUGCCCACGGCUCGCAGUGGUCGGGCGAGCUCCUGCCGAUUCUCGAAAAGUUCCUAUCCGAGCCCGACGAGGGCACUGAGUCGUACGACUACAUCCGCGAGGGCGUGGUUGUGCUGCUGGGUCGGCUGGCGCAGCAUCUGCCGAACGGCGAGGAGGCACGCGUGGCCGAUGCGGUCGACCAGCUGGUGGCCACUCUGGCGACGCCCUCUGAGGCUGUGCAGAGCGCAGUCAGCGAGUGCCUUCCGCCUCUGGCCAAGCGCCUGUCUGAGGACAAGUUUGGCAGCGUCAUUGACGGUAUUGUCGACGUGCUGCUGAACGGCGAGCGGUACUCGCAGCGGCGUGGUGCGGCCUACGGUCUGUCUGGUUUGAUCAAGGGCCGCGGACUGGCGGCGCUGAAGAAGUAUGCAAUCAUCGACAAGCUGCGCGAGGCAUGCAACAACACCAAGUCGUUCCAGCAGCGCCAGGGCUCGCUGUUUGCAUUUGAGACGCUGUCAGGCAAGAUGGGCCGGCUGUUUGAGCCGUACAUUAUCCAGUUCCUGCCGCUGCUCCUGUCGCGCUUCAGCGACGCCAAUGCCGAUGUGCGUGAGGCCGCCAGCGACGCGGCGCGUGUGAUCAUGGCCAACAUCUCUGGGCACGGUGUCAAGCUGAUUCUGCCGUCUGCUCUGACGGGUCUCAGCGACGACCAGUGGCGCACCAAGAAGGGCAGUGUCGAGGUGCUCGGCUCCAUGGCGUACUGUGCUCCCAAGCAGCUGUCGGUGUCGCUGCCCACCAUUGUGCCGCGCAUUAUCGAGGUCCUGACUGACACACACCACCAGGUGGCGGCGGCUGCGCGCGAGGCGCUGCUGCGGUUCGGCGAGGUCAUCCAUAACCCUGAGAUCCAGGAGCUGGUUCCAGUUCUGCUGGGCGCCCUUGACGACCCGGCCAACAAGACCGACUCGGCGCUGCGUACGCUGCUGUACACGGCCUUUAUCCACUACAUCGAUGCGCCGUCGCUGGCGCUGGUGGUGCCGAUUAUCCAGCGUGGUAUGCGCGCACGCAUGGCGUCGACCAAGCGUAAUGCGUCGCAGAUCAUGGGCUCGAUGGCGACGCUGACGGAUCCCAAGGACCUGGUACCCUAUCUUGAUUCGCUGGUGCCUCUGCUGCGCGGUGUGCUUGUGGACCCUGUUCCUGAAACGCGUGCCACGUCGGCCAAGGCCCUGGGCUCGCUGGUGCAGAAGCUGGGCGAAACGCAGUUCCCGAGCCUGGUGGCUGACCUAGUGAAGGUGCUCAAGAGCGACGCGUCGGGUGUCGAUCGGGCUGGAGCUGCGCAGGGUCUGUCUGAGGUCCUGUCGGGUAUCGGCAUGGAGCGUCUCGAGGGCCUGGUUCCCGAGAUCCUGGCCAACUGCAACUCGUCGCGCGUGCCUGUGCGCGAGGGCUUCAUGAUGCUGCUGAUCUACCUUCCGGUGACGUUCGGCGAGGAGUUCCAGAAGUUCCUGCCGCAGGUGAUCCCGCCUGUUCUGUCCGGCUUGGCCGACGAGAACGAGCAGGUCAGAGACGCUGCUCUGCGCGCCGGCCGCAUCCUGGUCAUGUCGUAUUCCAAGACGGCUGUCGACCAGCUGCUGCCCGAGCUGCUGGCUGGCGUGCAGCACGAGUCGUGGCGCAUCCGCCACUCGUCGAUCGAGCUGCUCGGAGAGUUCCUGUUCCGGGUCGCCGGUAUCAGCGGCAAGCAGGCCGAGAAGGAGCGCGAGGAGGCGCGUGCUCAGUUCUUUGCUGUCCAGGAAGGCGGCGAGGAUGGCGAGGAUGGCGAGGGUGCUGGCGAAGGCGGCGAGGGUGCUGGUGAGGCUGGCGAGGGCUCUGACGAGGACGAGGACGACGAGCUGGCCAUCUCGAGCAACCUGCGCAACGUGCUGAACGAGAACCUGGGAGCCGAGCGCUGCAACUCUGUGCUGGCGUCGCUGUAUGUGGCCCGCAGUGACGUGUCGGCGAUGGUGCGCCAGGCGGCGUUCUCAGUGUGGAAGAGCAUUGUCAGCCAUACGCCACGCACGCUGCGCGAGUGCCUACCCAAGAUCAUGGACAUUGUGCUGAGCGGUCUGGCGGCAGACGAGUACGAGCGCCGCACAACCGCUGCUCGCACACUCGGCGACCUUGUGCGCAAGCUGGGCGAGUCGAUCAUGGCCGAGAUUGUGCCGAUUCUGGAGAAGGCCCUGUCCGACCAGACUUCUGGAGCAGCCGGUGGCGUGCGCCACGGAGUGUUUAUCGGUCUGUCGGAGAUCCUGCAGUCAGCAGGCAAGUCAUACAUCGACGUGUAUGCUGACGCGAUGAUCCCGCUGGUCCGCCGCGGCCUGUGCGACGAGGACGCCAUGGUGCGCGAGGCGGCAGCCUCAGCCUUUGACAGCCUGCAGCAGGCUGUUGGCCCGAGCAUCAUUGAUUCGGUGGUCCCACCGCUGCUCACAGCGCUGACUGUGCAGCAGGGCGGCGAGGGAGCCAAGGACGCAAUUCUCCCGGGCAUCAAUGCCGAGCACGCGCUCGAAGCUCUGCGCGAGCUGAUGGCAGUGCGUGCCAACGUGGUGUUCCCGGUCCUGAUCCCGACACUGACAGCCAAGCCUGUGACAGCGUUCCACGCCCAGGCCCUGGCAUCUCUGAUCCAGGUGUCUGGCAGCAGCUUGAGCAGGCGGCUGCCGCAGAUCCUGGUGUCGCUGUUCGAGUCGCUGCCAGUACACCACGCCAAUGGCGAUGCCGAGGCGGAGAGUGCCCUGCGCGACACUGUGCGUGUGGUGGUGACUGCGGCAGCGCAGGACGAGGACACGCUCGAGGCCCUGAUGAUGCUGUUCCAUGAGUCGGUCAAGAUCAACGAGAGCACCAAGCUCAGCGAGGCGCCGGAGGUCGUGUCGCGUGUGGCCGAGGCGUGCUUUGCGCUGGCCGCCAUGUGCCAGGCGUUCGGGCCAGGCUCUGCAGCGCGCGGGCGCACUGUGCUUGGUACACAUGUGAUCGACUGGCUGCGGGUGCUUAUUGACCUGCUGGCAGCGCUCGACGCGCUGGUCAAGACUGUGCCCAAGGAGGACUUUGACGGCUAUGUCGGCCCGGUGAGCCGCUCAGUGAAGCGGGCUACCGACUCGCUGCCUGUGGGCACCACGACGCUGCCUGGCUUCGAUCUGCCCAAGGGCGUGGGCCCGAUCCUGCCCAUCUACGCCCAGGGUCUGCUGGUUGGCUCGGCCGACUCCAAGGAGCGCGCUCCCUGCGGCCGUUCGCGAACUGGCAUUACGGGUCCGCUGAUUCGUAUUGUCGGAGACCGUCACCCAGCCAACGUCAAGGCAGCGAUUCUCAGCACGCUUGGCCUGCUGCUGACGCAGAUUCCGGCGCUGAUGCGCCCGUUCCUGCCGCAGCUGCAGCGCACGUUUCGUGCUGCCAUGGCUCUGUCCAGCCUUGAUUCCGCUGCAGCCAGCGUCUUGAUCCGCUGGUCACCUAUGAUGAAGGCCAUUCGGGCCGUGCUGCGUGCUCCCAACGCGAAGUCGCUCUCUGCCAACAGCGUGCAGGGCAUCGAAGACGGCAGCGCCGAUUUCCGCUGGCAGGCGCUCAAGAGCGAAUGCUUCGGCGCCCUGUGCGCUAUGCAGUACGCGCUGGCCACCUCUGACGACCCGUCAGAGACCCAGGCGCUGAAGCUGCGGGCUAUGGCUGCCGCUCUGGCUGCCGCUCCGCAGGUCUUUGCCCAGUCGGAGGCCCUGCAGAGCAGCAUUGUUGCUGGCGUCGAGCAGGCGCUUGUGCCCAGCACCUCGGUGCACCAGCCGAUGGCUGCUCUUCAGGCCAUCGGUGUGGCGAAGUCUGCUUUGCUGCAAAGGGAGGUAGCUACCCCUGGCAGCGCCAUUGUCGAGCCGCUGGUGUCUGCGCUGGUGCGUGCUGUCGACCCUGCAACCAUGUCGGCCUUUGACUCGGAGACGCAGCAGGCUGCGCUGGCUGCGCUCAAGUCGCUGGCCAAGCGCCGCUACGCAGACCUCAUCGAGAGUGUGCGUGACCAGGUCGUCAUGGCCGCCAUGGCACAUGUGCGCGACCGCAACAUCCAGGUCAAGCUGGCCGCCGAGCGCUGCGCUCUGUACGCCCUGCGCAUGGCGCGCGUGCCGGCCGAGGACUUUGACGGAUCCGACGAAGCCCUCAAGGCGUAUGUCGAGAACAUGGGCGGCGCCAGCUCCGAGAAGGGCAAGCAGGUGCUGGACUACCAGCGGCGCGUGCUGAACAAGCUGGCCGAGAGCACCCGCGAGCUCGACUACCUCAGCGACGACGACGAGGACCGGGCUGCCAACCACAAUGACGAGGACGACGAUGAGGACAAUGCCGAGUAA